UCCUCCUCCACUCUCUUUUUCUCUCACUCUCUCAAUGGACGUUCUCGCAUCUCCAGUCUCCGCCCUCUUCCUUCCUUCAAAUCAUCGCGAAACCCCACACCUCCUCAAACCACCUCCUCCUUCUUCUUCAUUCCCAAAUCUUUCUUCCCCCAAACCUAAUUCCCCCUUCUCCCUCUCUGCUUCUUCAAAACCCCUCUCUCUGUUCCCCUUCUUCUCAACCCCAUCUCCACCUUCCACCACCCUCACCGGACGGACUCACCAUCGCGCAUCCACCGGCUACGCCGCCGCCCUCUUCGACAUUUCCAAACACUUUGGAGAGAGACGGCUUUAGCGGCGGUGGAGGAGGCGGAUUUGGUGGUGGUAUCGGAGAAGAAGAUGGGAAUCGAGCAGCUGGCGAAGCUUGCUGGAGAGGUGCAGAGGGUCUGUGGAGUGGUUCAGGUGAGGAUUAAGCAUAUUUUCCGCCGGGAAUCUCCAAGGUUUGCAGUCUGAUUCUCGAUCUGUGUUUAUAUGAUGCUUUUUCUCUUGCAUUUAUGUCUAGAAUUCUUAUUGUAAAAGCGAUACCAAAGUAAAUAAAUUACUGAUGAACGUAUCUUUAGUAUGAUGUAAAUAAAUUUUAAACAUUUUUUCAAACUAUAUAGUCUGAAAGGGCGUAAGGUUAGCCAACUGUCUGAUAAAUAUCAAAGUACAUAGGCCUUAUGGCUGUGAGACGUUGCUCCUAAAUUUAUUGUGCAUUUUUUGCAUGAUGUAUUAGCUUAAUACUGCUAAAACUCGUGGUGACUGAUUAAAAUAUAGUAUCUCAGAAUGUUUGGUUAGAAUAGUUCUUAUUUCAACUGACCGAGGAGUCUAA